AGCCCGAAGGACGAUUUACCUACGAACCGGUUGCAGCCGCUGUGAAGAGACAUGCGCAGUCAAGUCCUACCACAAGCUAGACAGCGACAGCUUAUUCGUGUACAAUCAAUUUAAAGACCAUGGAUCGAGGCGGUGAUAAAACUCUCUUGUUGAGUGCUGACGAGGAUGACUUUGAGCCAGAACUCUCAGACCGAGGGCAUCAGAGGCAAGAGUAUGGUCAGUACAGUGACGAAUGUUCCACUAAUCAAGAAGGACACACUGAUACCUAUGGCCAGGAUUACUACGAUUAUGAUUAUGAUGAGUGGACAUCGGCUGACCAGCAGGAUGACCGAAAGGAUCAUUACGCUAUGGAGGGGCGAGGAGACAACGAUAAAUACUACGAUGACGAGGACGAUUAUGAACCUCGUAAAUCCAACGUAAAUUACCCGCCUCCUUAUUCUGACGACUUCCCGGCCCGAAAAGAACAACAAGCUUACUCGCACAAUGAAACAUCAGCCUACCCCACGACUGCUUAUGGUGCUCACAACUACAGCUACGCCCCACCCACUGUCCCAAGUUACCCCAUGCAACAAAAUCAACCCCAGCCCACAUCCUAUGUACAGAGUUACAGGGAUGACACAUCUGUGGUGAACUCACCGUAUUGGAGAGAUGCACAUGCACCACAGAUGGCUGCUCAGCCCUUGUAUGCCGGGCAGUAUGCGCUUGGGCCACAAAUGCCAGAGGAACCAUUCCAAGAUGUUCCCAGUUACAAAUGCAGUAGCAUACUUGUUAUGCUCUUCUGCUGUCUACCCCUAGGAGUAGCUGGACUGGUGUAUUCAUCUAAUGCUGAAAACCUAAAAAUCCAGAGAAAAUACUCGCAGGCCAAGACGGUUGCGAACAAGGCGAGAACCAUGAACAUCUUGGGCGUCGUUAUCGGCAUCCUGCUCUGGAUGCUCAACGGAGUACUCAUAUACUUUAGGUUCCGGAGCAUACAGGCCCGUUACGAAGGGCAUUACUAAAGGCAGUAAGAAAGGGCUCUUUGGCCGAGCUACAAUGGUUGAAUUGUUAUAUUUUUUGUUA